UUCUCAACCAAUUUUUGCCAAUUUCACACUGACGUUUCUAACCUAAUAAUAGUAAUUAUUAGUAUACAUCAAUAUAUAUCAAGAUUAGUGCGAUAAUACAGCCUUUAUUUUAUAUUUUGCCAAAUUAAUCUUGGAAAAUUGGUAUAAAGCGGACAAUAAAUAAUAAAAAUUCACUAUUUGAAGAAAAUGGCAACUAUUGCAAGAAUUUCACAAACAAAUGUCGUGCAGGCCACUAAAAAACAUACCGCUACUGUAUUUUUCUUUCAUGGUUCCGGUGGUACAGGAGAGGAUAUAAAAGAAUGGGUUAAUAUUCUUAACAGAGGAAAACUGCAAUUUUCGCACAUAAAGUUAGUUUAUCCUAGUGCACCCAGUCAGCCUUAUACUCCUAUUGGUGGAAUGAGGCAAAAUGUAUGGUUUGAUCGUAUGACAAUAUCUAACCAAGUACCAGAGCAUCUAAAAUCAGUUGAUUCUAUGUGUCAAAGUAUAUCAGAAUUGAUUGAUAAAGAAGUAAGCGAUGGCAUUCCGCUUAACAGAAUAAUUGUAGGUGGCUUUUCAAUGGGUGGUUGUCUUGCCUUGCAUUUAGCAUACAGAUACAAAACAGCUAUAGCUGGUUGUUUUACUAUGUCUUCGUUUUUAAACAAAGGAUCUAUGAUAUAUGAGCAUUUGAAAGUAAAUCCAGAACAUAAUAAGAUACCACUUAUUCAGUACCAUGGUAUGUUAGAUACUUUGGUACCUAUUGAAUGGGGUGAGGAGAGUGCUAAAAAUUUAAAGGAUGUUGGCGUAAACGUAAAAUUUGUGCCUCUGAAAAAUGUUGAUCAUGAGUUGAAUCGCGAGGAAAUCCAAGAUUGGAAAGAUUGGCUCCUAAAUAUCUUACCAGACAAAUAAUUCACAAUCAAUUGAAAUUUGUAUAUCUUUACAUAUGGUGAGUGGCCAAAUAAAUAUAUUGGAUUUUAUUACAGCAUCAUAAAA